AUGGUAAGCUUCGAUGUGGUAUCGCUAUUCACGAGAGCACCCCUAGGCGAGUCAAUGGCUCUAAUCAAGGAAUCAUUCACACCUGCCAUCGCAGAGCUCUUCCGAGUGUGUCUGACUGGUAGCUAUUUCUUAGGAAACGGCAAUUAUUACGAACAAACAGACGGUGCCGCAAUGGGUAGCCCAAUCAGCCCAAUAAUUGCUAAUUUCUUUAUGGAGAGAUUUGUAGAAAAAGCGCUAGAGUCAUCCGUUCUGAAGCCCGCUGUAAGGUUUCGUUAUGUGGACGAUACAUUUGUGGUUUGGAAACAUGGACGUGACAGCCCAGAUGACUUUCUUCAUCACCUUAAUUCGCAGAGCCCAGGGAAUUUUACCAUGGAAACCGAAGUAAGUAACCAACUGGUGGUAAGAUUUAUUUACCAUGGAAACCGAAGUAAACAACCAACUGGCCUUCCUCGAUGUGCUUGUCAACAGAAAUGGCGACCAUUUAGAUCACACGGUGUAUCGAAAACCCACUCAUACAGACCGGUACUUACACAAACUAUUAAAUCACCAUCCAAGCCAAAAACAAGGGAUUAUCGGAUCAUUAGCAAAUAG